UGACUGGCCCGUCGCUCUGUAACAACCAAUGAACGCGCUUGUUAGAUAGCUGUACGUAAGCUCGCUUCAGAGUUGAAAGAUGGCAGCUUCCAUGAUCGAGCGUAAAGUGCGAGAGAGAGAGCGCGAGUGAGAGAGAGAGAGCGCGAGAGAGAGAGAGAGCGUGAGUGAGAGAGAGCGAGUGAGAGAGAGAGCGUGAGAGAGCACGCGCGAGUGAGAGAGAGAGAGCGAGCGCGCGAGUGAGAGAGCGCGCGAGUGAGAGAGCGAGCGAGAGUGUGUGCGCGAGUGAGAGAGUGAGCGAGAGUGUGUGUGUCAGAGUUGCAUGUUGACCAUUAAAUUGGCUUGAAUUUGUUAAUCAUGACAAGUUUUUUCUUGUGUGUUUGCUUGCCAUUUUAGUACAAUUUUUAAGUCAGAAAACCCCAGAACCCAGGAGCUUCGGGGGGCUUCCCCCCUUGUCCCCCCACCAGGGUGCUGCCCUGGACCAGCUGGGGGCCUGCGGCCCCCAGACCCCCGGCUAAAAUUUUCAGAUAAUUUCACCAGCCCCAAAUCACAUCCUUGACUGGAGCGCGGCUGGCAAUAGUGAGUAUAGAGAUACCAUCACUGCUCUCUGUGCUCGUCUGGAUAGUGCUUUUCCUUUGAACAUAGACAUGACUAAGAUCAGUAUGUGUAAGCAAGAAGAUGGAGAAGGGAUGUCAGCAUUUCUCACCCGUCUCACUGCUGUGCAUGAGAAACACAGUGGCCUGACCAGACCCGCGACCCUGGCUGGAGUGGAAGGCAGUCCUGAGGUCUGGGAAGCGCACCUGCGGAACAGUUUCAUGAGCGGUAUGGAUCCAGCAGUGGCCAAGUUAGUAAAGCAGCUCUGUCUCCUGUGGGAAACCACCAGUCUCACCAAGAUCGAGCAGUACGCUGUGCAUGCAGAAAAGCUGCUGAAGGAGAAGACAAAGUCGACACAAAGAGACCAAGAUCUACACGCCGCCACUCUCACUCUUUUCCAGACUGUUCAGCCUGGAGAAAAAGGAACAAGAAGAGGAAGAGGUCGAAGUAGGGGCCGAGGUCGAAGUAGGGGCCGAGACAGGACGACCUGGAGUUACUCGUCCUGGAUAAAGGAUGCAACCUGCUACAACUGCAAUCAGAAGGGACACAUUGCUCGAAACUGUCUCCACAGAAGCAGCCAGAAGCCCUGUGAGGAGUACAGCAAAGCAGACUGAUGGGCGGAUUCCGGGAACAGGCCCCACACAGAGAACAGGGGAGGCAUAACUCCAGCAGAGGUGCGCCCCAAAUUGGCAGGAGUUCCAAAUUCCGUUUGGGCAAAGGGUAAACAUGAUGUGGGCCUAAUA